AUGCCUGGUUCACUCAAUUUUGUUCAGGAGCUCCAGACCUAUCUUCCUCGUACGAUUGCCCUGACUAAGAGAGGCUGCUUCCUCUAUUGUUUCGGAUUCGAUCCUAUCUUUUGUGCCUUAAACCGAGUGUCAGUUCUGGGAUUCGUUCCUACAUCUCCUCAAGGCGACAGACCAUAUUCAGUAGGAGGAUGGGAUUACUGGAACCUUCCAUUCAAGUCAAGAUCAAAAGACCCUGCCGAAGCUUUCAAAGAAAGAUUUUCUGCUGGAAGGAAGCGACUAAGAGAAAAAGGGCACACGGACCGUACUCGAUUGAUGAGCCAGCCCUCUACACUACGUUAUUAUUGGUAUGGAAGUUUAUCGGCAGGGUCGCACUGUUAUCCUUCGUCAGCAGAAAAAGAUGCCCUAGAUCUGAAGCGUCGUGCAGACAUGCUUGAUUCUCGUCCUUUGGACACUCCUCGUACUAGUGGUACCGAGCUUCCGAUAGCACUUCCCUAUCUGAUCCCAACUAUUUCAUUCUUCUAUUUAAGUGUGAGGAAAAAGACUUUCAUGCUUGCUUUAUGGUCUGAAUUCAACGAAUCAGAAAGAAUCUAUUUCUGA